UCUAUGGCUAGCUCUACUCUGCUGUGGCGCUCUUGUCAAGUGCAGCCAGGACACACACAGACCCAUACCUGGACAAGACGAGAGACUUGACUGAGUUUUAUGGUUCAGAGUGAUUCCUGAUGGUGGAUACAGACUGGGAAGGACUGGCUGACUGACUGACUGGCUGACUGAUUGACUGGCUGAUUGGCUGACUGGCUGGCUGACUGACUGGCUGACUGACUGAUUGACUGGCUGACUGGCUGACUGGCUGGCUGGUUGACUGACUAUAACUACAGCCUCUACAAGUGUCCUAACCAGCCACUCAGUGUGUGUAUGUGUGGGAGUGUUAGGACUAUCCCCAGUGUGUGUGAGCCCCCUCCUGCCCUGACAGCAUGGCCCCAGCGGUGGGCGGUCCAGUGGGCUAUACCCCUCCAGAGGGAGGCUGGGGCUGGGCGGUGGUGGUGGGAGCCUUCAUCUCUAUUGGCUUCUCCUAUGCCUUCCCCAAGUCCAUCACCGUCUUCUUCAAGGAGCUGGAGACCACCUUUGACGCUACACCCUCACAGGUCUCAUGGAUCUCCUCGAUUAUGCUGGCCUGCAUGUACGGAGGAGGACCAAUCAGCAGCAUCCUGGUGAACCGCUAUGGCAGUCGACCAAUCAUGAUCCUAGGAGGCUGUCUGUCAGGAAGUGGUUUGAUAGCAGCUUCCUUCUGCAACACUGUGCAACAACUCUACUUCUGUGUCGGAGUCAUCGGAGGUCUGGGUCUAGCGUUCAACCUGAACCCGGCGUUGACUAUGAUUGGUAAAUACUUCUACAAGCGUCGUCCUAUAGCUAAUGGUAUUGCCAUGGCGGGCAGCCCAGUCUUCCUGUCCACGCUGGCUCCUCUUAACUCCUGGUUCUUCGACCAGUUUGGCUGGAGGGGCUCCUUCCUCAUCCUGGGUGGUCUACUGCUCAACUGCUGUGUAGCCGGGUCCUUGAUGAGACCCAUCGGACCCAAACCCUCCCCGGCCAAACCUGCCGACCCCCAACUGUCGGAGAACGCGGCGGUGAAGAAGGCGGAGUCUAAUCUGACGUUGAUGCAGCGUGUCAAUGCCGUGAUCGACCUGACACUGUUUAAACACCGCGGCUUCCUGCUGUAUCUCCUUGGCAACGUCAUCAUGUUCUUUGGCCUGUUCUCUCCCCUUGUGUUCCUCUCCAACUACGCUAAGAGUAAAGACAUCAGUAAAGAGAAGGCUGCUCUACUCCUCUCCAUUCUAGCCUUCGUUGACAUGUUCGCCCGUCCCUCCAUGGGACUGUUAGCCAACACCCGCUGGGUCCGACCCAGGAUACAGUACUUCUUCGCUGCCUCCGUGCUCUAUAACGGGGUGUGUCACGUCCUGGCGCCGCUGUCCGUGGACUAUGUAGGCUUCGUGGUGUAUGCUGUGUUCUUUGGGUUUGCGUUCGGCUGGCUGUCAGCAGUUCUGUUUGAGACUCUGAUGGAUCUGGUCGGGGCACAGAGGUUCUCCUCCGCCGUCGGACUGGUCACCAUCGUGGAGUGUGGACCGGUACUGCUGGGACCGCCACUACUCAGUCGUUUCUAUGACUUGUAUGGUGACUACCAGUGGACCUAUCUGUGUUGUGGUAUCAUCCUCAUCAUCUCCUCAGUCUUCCUCUUCGUAGGGAUGGGCAUCAACUACAAGCUGCUGGAGAGAGAGGAGAAGGAGGAGAAGAGGAGAGAGACGGAGGAGUGCACAGCCAUGCUGGAGGGAGAGAAGGAAAGAGGGGGGGGGAGUAGUGAAGCCACACCCAUGACGGAUGUUUCUAAGAUGGAUGAAGAUACUGUAUAGCAGGGGUGGGCAAGUGGCUGGUCGGGGGGCCAAAACAUUAUUAUAAUAAUUUGAACACUGCAAAUUCACCACAACUAAUUUUAAAUAACAUGAUAAUUUCAUACAUUGAUUACAUUGAGACAAAAUCACAAAUCUUUAUUUUUAUUCAUAGGAAUAGUUGGGAGCAUAUUUUCAUAAAUUUAAAUCAUUUUUAGCUGAAUUCCUGAAUCCCCCCCUAUUAUUAUUAUUAUUAUUAUUAUUAUUAUUACUUUGUGGGCCCAAAAAAUCACUUGUGAUUUGAACCUCUUUUAAACUGUCCAGUUUAGCUGAGAAGCUUUUUAAACACUUUGAACAACUUUCUGAAGACAGACACAACCUUUCUCACCGGUGUGUGUGUGUGUGUGUGUGGACGUGUUUAACUAUUCUUGUGGGGACCAGAAGUCCCCUCAAGAAUAUUAAACA